AAGCCGCUCCUGCCCGACAUUAUCUACAUCCACUCCGCUGGAAAGCAGCCUCUAAUGACGGAUGCACUCAUGGACGGCGGGCCGAGGCGCGGUGCUUUUAAUCCCGAGCAGGCUGUUGAAGUUUAGAGGGAAGGCUCUUCGCGUGUCUCCCUCUUUACUUUCGCCGACCCCCUCCUCCGCUGGCAGAAAUUUAUAAAGAACAAAAAAUCCGACGAGGGAGGGGAGGAGGGGGGCUGAUAUACGCCGAGGCUGAAAUCGAGAGGCGAAUCCAGGGAAGAGGAUUCAUUUGUACACGGGACUUUCCCCCUCUGAGUCCCCCAAAAGGAGGGGGAAAAGUCGCAAUAUUGGAAACGAAAAGGAAUGCGCUUCUAAGGGCGUGAAAACGUCUGCAAUUGUGGAUACUUUAUAUAUUUUUAUUUCGAAAAAAUAUGGCCGAGAACGUUCUGGACUCUGGCCCGCCUUCAGCCAAGAGGCCUAAACUCUCUUCUCCGGCACUUUCCGCCUCCGCUAGCGAUGGAAAUGAUUUUGGCUCAUUGUUUGACUUGGAGCACGACCUUCCUGACGAGCUCAUCAACUCAAAUGAACCAAGCCUGGUCAACGGUGGAGAUGUCAACCAGUUGCACACCACUCUGGGAGGAGGUACAGCCGGCAUGGGUGGUCCCGGGGCUGGAGGAAUGGGCCUGGCUCUGGGCUCUGCAGGAGUCCAGGGUACGGGUCAGGAUGCUGUGGCCAAACACAAACAACUGUCAGAGCUGUUACGGUCUGGGGCACCCCCUCCACCCCAGCAGGGCCAUUCUAUGAGCAGCCCUGGGGGUCCGGCCACCAUGAGCCAACACCUCGCAAACAUGAAGGCUUCUCCAGGCCCGGGUGCUCCGCAGAUGAUGGGCCAGGGGCAGCAGCACCUGUCUCCUCAGCAGCACUUGUCACCUCAGCAACAGGCGUCGCUAAUGCAGCAACAGAACGCAGGAAUGAUGGGCGGCAUGAACCGGGCCAUGAUGGGAGCCCAGCAGAAGGCCAACAAUGGACAGCAGCCGGGCAUGAUGACCAACCAGGUGAAUGGAUCUCCUCGCAUGGGAUUUGUUAACCAGGGAAUGGGUGGCAACAGCAACCUGUUAGCAGAGACACUACAGGGACCUGCAGGCCAAGCAGGCAUGAGAGGCCAGCAACCAGGAGCCCUGAACAAGAUGGGGAUGAUGGGGACCUCUGGUGGACCCUUUGGUGGUCCUUAUGCAGGUCAGGGGAGCCAAGGCAUGUGUGGUACAGGGCUGGGCCCUCAGAUACAGAACAAAGGUCCCAUGGCNAACAGUCUGGCCCAGUUUGGCAUGGAUAAGAAGAACUCCCCGAUGCAAGGAAUGGCAGCUAUGGGCUCUCCGCAGACGCAGGCGGGGCUGGGGGGUACCCCUGGUGCACCGGUAGGAGGACCCACUGGGAUGGUGCCUGGUGCACAAGGUGGUCUGGUGGGGCCUGGGGCCCAGGUUUCUGCUGCUUCUGCUGCUGCUGGAGCUCCGCCGACAGCUGACCCAGAGAAACGCAAACUUAUACAGCAACAACUGGUGCUGCUGCUACAUGCACAUAAGUGUCAGCGCCGAGAACAGGCCAACGGAGAAGUCCGGCAAUGCAACCUGCCCCACUGUCGCACUAUGAAGAACGUCCUCAAUCACAUGACCCACUGCCAGGCCGGCAAAUCUUGUCAAGUGGCUCACUGUGCGUCCUCAAGGCAGAUCAUCUCCCAUUGGAAGAACUGCACCCGACACGACUGCCCUGUGUGUCUGCCACUCAAGAAUGCUGGGGACAAGAGGAACCCGCAGUGUGAGUCUCUCCUGGCCGGGGCUGCCGCAGGUUUGGGUAGCUCUCUUGGAGCAGUUCCUGGGGGCCAGUCCAGUGCACCCAAUCUCCAACCUCCGAGCCAAAUUGACCCCAGCUCUAUUGAGAGAGCCUACCAGGCCCUGGGACUGCCCUACCAAGGCAACCAGAUCCAGGCUCAAUCGUCCCAGACAAACAUGCCUAGCCAGGGUCUGUCAGGCCAGGCUGGCAUGAGGCCACUCAACCCCAUGGGUCCAAAUCCUAUGGGAGUCAAUGGUGGUGUGGGAACUGCUGCUCAGAACCAGCAAGCCAGUUUGCUCCAAGACACUAUGAUGCAUCUAAACGUGAACAACCAAGGUCUUCUAAACGAUGCAAGUGGGGUAGGAUCUAUGCCCACAGCAGCCCCUCCCUCUGCCACUGGCAUGAGAAAAAGCUGGCAUGAGGAUAUCACACAAGACCUAAGAAACCACCUGGUCCACAAACUUGUGCAAGCAAUCUUUCCAACACCAGAUCCUGCUGCUUUGAAGGACCGGCGAAUGGAGAAUCUUGUGGCUUAUGCUCGGAAAGUAGAGGGAGACAUGUAUGAAUCGGCUAACACUAGAGCUGAGUACUAUCACCUGCUCGCUGAGAAGAUCUACAAGAUCCAGAAGGAACUAGAGGAGAAGAGGAGGACCCGGCUCCAAAAGCAGGGUCUGGGUCUUGGGCCAGGUGGCAUGGGACAGCCUCCCACAGGACUACCUCCAAAUGGCCCACUUCCUGAUCCAUCUAUGGUGCGAGCAGCCGGACCUAAUCAGUUAAAUAGGAUGCCAGGACCAGGUAUGAAUCAGUUCAAUCAAAUGGGCAUACCUACUAUGGGCCAGAGGUCCACACCUCCUCUACCUAUGGGUGUGCCAGGAAACCAGAUGGGAAUGGUGGGGCCCAGAAUGGGACAACCCAGUGUAAACCAGUACAUGUCACAGGGGCAGUUCCCCAGCUCAGGUCCAGGUGUGGGUGCAGUCCAACCUGGGAUGUCCCAGCCUGGUGCGCCGGGAGGCAUGGGACAGACACAGAUGGGCACUCCUCCUUCUCUUCCAGUAGCCAGUCCUCUCGCACAGCCAGGCUCAGUCAGUGGACCCAGUGGUGCAUCCACAGUUGGACCCUUGGGUCCCCAGAGUGUUGGCAGUGGAGGUCCAAACUCAGUUGUUGGACCUCCUGCUUCGUCAAUAACUCCUAAUGCGAACCAGCAACCAAAUGCCAUCCCGAAUUUGGGAGCCAUGCGAGGCAGCUCUCCCUCCCCUGCUCACAGUCGGUCCCCUACACCUCACCAAACACCUCCCAGGAUACCUGGAUCCCAAACCCCACAACCACACACCCCCGGGGCAGCCCAACUGCCACCCCCAGCUGCACCGCAGCCAAACCAGCUCGGCCAGGGCCCCGGCUCAAAUAAGCCUCUUCAGCAGCACAUGGGGGCAGCGGGCUCCACCACUCCGUCACAUCCAGGACUAACCACCAAUUCCACAGCACAUGCUUCUCAGCUUCCACGCACUCCACUGUCCCAGAAGGGCUCCUUUCCACCCGACAGCCAAGCUCAUACUCCAGCCUCUGUCAGUAGUUUGGAUACUAGCUCACAGCAGCCACAGUCAGACACCUCCACCACCAACCUGGACUCCAAAAUGGAGAUCAAGCAGCAGGACGAAGAAGAGGAGAGCGAUGCUGGCAGCUGCUCCAAAGGUGGCAAGCUCAGCAACCUUAAGACGGAGGAGAAACCUGUGAAAUGUGAGCUGAAGAAGGAGGACUGCUCUGACGAAGGAGGUAAAGGAACUCCAAUGGACACAUCCUCUUUGUCCACAACUUCUGGGGUGAAGACAGAGGACAGGAAGCCAGACAUUAAGAAGGAGGUAAAGGAUGAAGAGGGUUCUACAGAAACCACUCCACAGGCACCAGCAAAGAAAAAGAUCUUUAAGCCUGAGGAGCUGCGUCAGGCUCUGAUGCCUACGCUGGAAUCUCUGUAUAGACAAGACCCAGAGUCUCUGCCUUUCCGGAUGCCUGUCGACCCCCAACUACUAUGUAUACCAGAUUAUUUUGACAUUGUGAAGAACCCUAUGGACCUGUCGACAAUAAAAAGGAAACUGGAUACAGGUCAGUACCAGGAUCCGUGGCAGUAUGUAGAUGAUGUCUGGCUGAUGUUCAACAACGCCUGGCUGUACAACCGUAAAACAUCCAGAGUCUAUAAGUACUGCUCUAAGCUCGCUGAGGUCUUUGAGCAGGAGAUUGACCCAGUCAUGCAGUCUCUGGGUUACUGCUGUGGGAGGAAGCUGGAGUUCUCUCCUCAGACCUUGUGCUGCUAUGGGAAGCAGCUGUGCACUAUUCCCAGAGAUGCUGCUUACUUUAGCUACCAGAACAGGUACCACUUCUGUGAGAAGUGUUUCAACGAGAUCCAGGGAGAGACUGUUUCCCUGGGAGACGAUCCCACGCAACCUCAGACAUCUAUCAACAAGGAUCAGUUUGAGAAAAAGAAGAAUGACACACUGGAUCCUGAACUGUUUGUUGAAUGUAUGGAUUGUGGACGGAGGAUGCACCAGAUUUGUGUUUUGCAUAACGACACAAUAUGGCCAUCUGGUUUUGUAUGUGACGGCUGCUUGAAAAAGACAAAUAAGACGAGGAAAGAAAAUAAAUAUUCUGCCAAAAGGUUGCCCCAGACAAAGCUGGGCUGCUACUUGGAGACACGGGUAAAUGACUAUCUGAAAAGACAAAGCCAUCCAGAGGCAGGAGAAGUCUUCAUUCGUGUUGUUCAUGUCUCUGAUAAAGUGGUGGAGGUCAAACCAGGAAUGAAGUCAAGAUUUGUGGAUAGCGGGGAGAUGUCCGAGUCAUUCCCCUACAGAACAAAAGCCCUUUUUGCGUUUGAGGAUAUCGAUGGGGCAGAUGUCUGUUUCUUUGGAAUGCAUGUUCAAGAAUAUGGAUCAGACUGCCCACAACCCAACCAGAGGAGGGUCUAUAUCUCUUACCUGGACAGUGUGCACUUUUUCCGACCUCGAAGCCUAAGAACUGCAGUUUACCAUGAAAUCCUCCUUGGAUAUUUGGAAUAUGUGAAAAGAUUGGGCUAUACAACUGGCCACAUUUGGGCUUGCCCUCCAAGUGAAGGGGAUGACUAUAUUUUCCACUGUCAUCCUGCUGAUCAAAAGAUUCCCAAACCCAAGCGCCUUCAGGAAUGGUAUAAAAAGAUGCUGGACAAGGCAGUAGCAGAGCGGAUAGUGCAUGACUACAAGGACAUCUUCAAGCAAGCUACUGAGGAUCGUCUGACCAGUGCUAAAGAAUUGCCCUACUUUGAGGGGGAUUUUUGGCCUAAUGUGUUGGAGGAGAGCAUUAAAGAGUUGGAGCAAGAGGAAGAGGAACGAAAAAGGGAGGAAAACAGCACUUCAAAUGAAAGCAUUGAUGAUACAAAGGGUGACAGUAAAAAUGCAAAGAAGAAGAACAAUAAGAAGACAAGUAAGAACAAGAGCAGCCUGAGCCGAGCCAAUAAGAAGAAACCUGGGAUGCCCAAUGUCUCCAAUGAUCUGUCACAGAAACUCUAUGCCACUAUGGAAAAACACAAAGAGGUGUUUUUUGUGAUCCGGCUCAUUGCCGGCCCAAUGGCAAAUGCCUUGCCCCCAAUUUCAGACCCUGAUCCACUGAUGGCCUGUGACCUGAUGGACGGCCGUGAUGCUUUUCUCACUUUGGCACGGGACAAACACCUUGAGUUCAGCUCGCUCAGAAGGUCCAAAUGGAGUACCAUGUGCAUGUUGGUAGAGCUGCAUAACCAAAGUCAAGACCGCUUUGUAUACACCUGUAAUGAAUGCAAGCAUCAUGUGGAGACCCGUUUCCACUGCACUGUCUGCGAGGAUUACGACCUCUGCAUCACAUGUUACAAUGCUAAGGGCCAUGAGCACAAGAUGGAGAAGCUAGGCCUUGGCUUGGAUGAUGAAAGCAGUAACCAGGCUGCUGCCACUACCCAGAGCCCUGGGGACUCUCGUCGCCUCAGUAUCCAGCGCUGCAUCCAGUCUCUGGUCCACGCUUGCCAGUGCCGAAACGCCAACUGCUCUCUGCCGUCCUGCCAGAAGAUGAAGCGGGUGGUGCAGCACACAAAAGGCUGCAAGAGAAAAACCAAUGGUGGCUGCCCCAUUUGCAAACAGCUCAUUGCUCUGUGCUGCUACCACGCCAAGCACUGUCAAGAGAAUAAGUGUCCCGUCCCAUUCUGCCUCAACAUCAAGCACAAGCUGCGACAGCAGCAACUGCAGCACCGCUUACAGCAGGCUCAGAUGCUGCGCCGCAGGAUGGCCAGCAUGCAGCGAGUGGGACAACCUACCCCUGGAGGUGGCCCUGGUGGAAAUGGCCUGCCCUCCCCAGGACCAAACAAUGGUGCAACAGGUCCUGGGACUCCAACAUCAGUAGGGACUCAGCCUUCAACCCCACAGACACCAACACAGGGAAACAUGGGUCUGACCCAACAGCAGACAGUGGGCCUGGGGCCAAUGGGAGCACAGCAACAACAGGUCUCACAACCAGGUGGCCCUCACCCUCAGCACCACAUGCACCAGUUUCCCAUGUCCGGGCCUGGAGGUGGGGGCAUGAUGAACGCCCCUCAACAGCAGAUGGUCCCUUCACUCCAGCAGCAGUCCAAUGUCCAACAGCUCCAGCAGCACCCGGGUGCUCUGCCUCCUUACAACGCCAGGCCAUCAGGCGCCUCUCCAAUGCACCAGUCGUUGGGAAAACCUGGACUGGGUCCUGCCACCCCACCUCAGCAGCAACCUUCUCAAGGACAGGGUCCCAUUCCCAUCCCAGGCCAACAAGGACCUCCACUAGCAGCUGUAGAGACUGCUCUCAAAAUCCAGCGCCUUGCUGAAUCCCAGAGACAGAUGGCCCAGAUUAGGGGUAUGGGUCCAGGAGGCAUGUUACCACCCCACACUCACCACCAGAACCCUCAGGCUCAGAUGGGUAUGUCACACAUGGGCUCCCAGGGCAUGCCCCCCCAGGGGCAGGGGGUAGCCAGGACUAUGAUGGACCAGCAGCCUGGGAUGAUGGGAGGUCCACAAGGUCAGCUUCCUCCCCAAGUCCAGCAACAGCUUCAACAGGUGCAGCAGGGAGCAGGACAGAUGCCUCCCAACCAGCAGUGGGGCCCUACAGGAGCACCUAUGAAUGCACAGCAGCGGCCACCCAUGUUGAGUCAUAUGACCACCCAGCAGCAGCAGGUUCCCCCACAACAGCAGCAGAUGAGCCAGCAGCAGAACCGUGGGAUGAUGCAGGGGGCAGCAGCGGCAGCUCUCGCUGGAGCAGGAGGAAAUCUGCCUCAGGCCGCUCUGCAGGAGCUACUCCGCACGCUACGUUCCCCCAGCUCCCCUCUUCAGCAGCAGCAGGUACUCAACAUCCUGCGCUCCAAUCCUACCCUCAUGGCUGCUUUCAUCAGGCAGAGGGCAGCGCGCUAUCAAGGAGGAAAUGGGCCAGCACAGGGAGGAGCAGGCAGAUUCCCUGGACCUGGUGUUGGCGGGCCUGGGACUAACCAGCUACCCAACAUGGAUGGACAGCAGCAGAUGGGCACCCAGCCUGGGAUGAACAUGGGCCAAGGGGCACCUGGCGGUAACAUGGCCUCCAUGGCCCAACUGCAGCAGCAGCUCCAACAACAACAGCAGCAGCAACAACAGCAGCAGCAGCAGCAGCAGCAGCAGCAACAACAGCAGCAGCAGCAGCAGCAGCAACAACAGCAGCAGCAGCGGCCCAUGAUGCCUCCAAACCUUCAGCAGCAACAGAUAGCUGCCCUGCAGCAGCAACAGCAGGGGGCGAUGGUGGGCCAGCAGGGCCAACAGGGCAACAUGACCAACUUGAACCCUCAGUUUAGAGAGCUGCUUAUGCGGAGACAGAUGCAGCAGCAACAACAACAACAGCAGCAGCAGCAACAGCAACAGCAACAGCAACAGCAACAGCAACAGCAACAACAACAACAACAACAACAACAACAGCAACAGCAGCAGAUGAGCCAGGGCCAGUUCCAGCAGCAGGGCCAGCAGCAGGGCUUCAUGCCAAGCCAGAGCCAGCCAGGUGUACCCCCCUCCUCCCAGCCUCAGCCUGGAGCCCAGCCGCAGCCAGGAGGACCACAGGGUGCAGGCCCAGGGCAGGGCUACCAGGGUGCCUCCCCCCAGGUGGCAGCAGCCCUCCAGCAAAGACUCCAGCAGCAAAUGCACCUCCAGCAACAACAGAACGCAAUGGCUGGAAUGGCUGGUCCAGAUGGAGGGCCAGGUGGAGGUCCAGGAGGACCAGGAGGACCCCAACUUCAACCUGGACCAGGAGGUCCGGGCCAGCCGCAGCAGCAGCCACAUGGACAGAACCAGAGUAUGCUGCACCAGAACAUUCAUCAGAGGCUCCUGCAGCAGCAACAUCUGACAGGGGGCUCCCCGGCCCAGCACAGCAGCCCCCUAAGUCCACAGCAGCAGUUGGCCCAGUCACCCCACCUGCAGGGACAGGCAGGGCUCGGCCCAGCAGGCUCUUUAAGCAGCCAGGUGAGAUCUCCCCAGCCAUCCCCGCGGCCACAGUCACAGCCACCUCACUCCAGCCCGUCACCGCGCAUGCAGCCCCAGCCCUCGCCUCACCGCAUCUCCCCUCAGACUCAGACCGGCUCCCCGCACCCCUCCCACCUCAGCCAGCACCACUCCAUGGCCCCUCCACAGCCCCCACAGCCCCAGCAGCAGCAGCAGCCCCCAGGAGCCUCUAUAGACCCUGCCCAGUUUACGCCAGACCAGAACUCUAUCAUGUCCCAGCUAAGUGGGAUGAGUGGGUUGCACAGCGGGCAAGGAGGACAGUCGGACAUUUUGGGGGGCAAUACUAGUGGGUCGGGUAACACCAACCAGGAUCUUGGGACAAACAUGAACCAUGGUCUAAACUUGAUGUAGCCUUGACACCAGACUAUGUCACCCAAAUCACAAACUGCCAUGGAAUGCGGGGGAGGCUCUAGUGUGGGGUUUUAGAAGUUUUAAUUUUUUAUUUAAAUAUUUUUGUGAUGUACAAAUGAGAACUGAAGCUUCCUUCCUAUGGGAGAUGAAACAUGAAUCUUAGAAGUCAGUAAAUGAAUAAAUUAAAACAAUGGUAAGUUAUUGCUGUUAAUAUAUAUCUAUAUAUUUUUGCCAAUUGUGUACAAAAGGUGGAAGGGCAGUGUUUCAGGUUGAAGAUAUUUCUUCCUUAGUCUAUGACAAUAUUUUUGGGGACUGAGAAUUUUGCCUUUUUAUGAAUAUUUUUAAGAUUUUAAAUGUGGCUAAAAUUAAAGUGAGUUGACACGACGUACCUUUUUAUAUUGUUUUGUUUUCCUCUUUAAAAGCCCACUUAUGAUUGUAUGUUUUUGCAGAGAAUUAACUAUUUUAUUUCUGAAUUUAUUUUUGCUUUUGAUCAUAAUACAAACAUCAGCAUAUCUUCCGUUUUCGUUUUCCAUCCCAAUGUAUAUUUAACUGUGACAAUUCACUUCUGUCAGCGUUUCCACUUUCCGCUUUACAGGUUUUGACCUAAACCUGAGCAGUGUUGGGGAUUGGCUUAUAAUGUAACAAUAACAACAAGGCCUACAAACUACCCACAGAUCAUUUCUUCUCAGCUCACCUCUUGACCCUUCCAUCUUCAGUUCUCCUUUGAAUGUCUCUAGAACCUAUUUUCCCUGUGUCGCCUGGUCUCCUAAACAUAAGGGAUGAACAGUGGAUGCCUGGCUGCGUUCUCAAACAGAACUGGCCAAAAUCGCUCUUGUAUAUAGAUUACCUUGUUUAUAUACUGUGAUUUAAAAGGGGGUCGAGAAUGUUGUGUAUUAUGCUUUUAGAGGUUUAAGAAAUUCCGGCCUGUCCCAGAAUACGGUUUUCCCUCCUCACCCUCACGACUGCCUCUUAAGCCACACUUCAACGUUAGUACUGUACAAAGUAAGACAAAAUAGUUAAUACGGUUUUGUAAUGAAAGUUUAAGAUGUAAAAAAGAAAAAAAUAACCUGUACAUACUUAUACCUUAUGAGCAGAGAGAGUAUUUUCUGCUGUUUUUUCCCUCGUUUUGAUUGGAUAUUUGCUGUAUCUGUAAAAAUUAAAAGUACUCCGGAGCUACUGUACAGUAUUGAGAUUUUUUCUAAGGUACAGUUUAGGGUGUGGUAGGUCACGAGCACCAAUGCGCCUUUUCAGUGUAUUUUUGACAUGGGUUUUGGGGGGAGGGGUUCUAUACAACAAGUCACAUCUGAAACUGGGAGUAGAGGCAGAGUAGAUGGUGUUAAAGAUGUGGCGAAAACGAUUUAAAUCUGGUCAUUUAGCUUUUUACGGAGAAGACACAAUAUUCACAUGCUCACUAUUUUUCUCUAAGGUUGCUGGGUUUGGGGUGGGCAUCAGAACCUGGUGGCAAUAUAUCUUGAGACUUAUUUUAUAAGAAAAAAACAAGGAAAACUGUCUUUUAUAUAUAGAUAUAUUAUUUAAUUUUAUUUUUUUGGAAAUAAAACUUGAAGCUACAGGAAUUAUUAGAUAAAACAUGUUUUGUUUUGUAUUAAAGAUGUUAUUGUGAUGCAAAAAGACACUGCAGACAGUCAUUCAGUUUGCCCUGGGGAGGCUGUGGUUGGAGUAUAUUCUACCAUUCUUUUUGUGUACAUGAAUAUAAAUGUAAACAUACUGAAUCACUGUACAAAAUGAUGGCAACUGAUGAACAAAUAAUUUUGUUUUUAUCAUUACUUCUCCGAAAAGAGACUGGAAAUAAGACUAUUUAAAUAUUUGUUUAGUAUUCAGAUGGAAUCUUUGACCACUUUUUUGUUCCUCUUGUUAACAAUUUUGGUGCUUGCUGAGAGAAAGCAAAAAUAACUGUUGCUCCAUUUUCAUUAGUUUCUUUUUUUUUAAGUUAUUUUGGUGGUCUGAUUGUUUUUUGCCAAUAAAUUAAUUGUACAAUAAAGUAUGUUUGUACCAUUGGGAAGAAACCAA